AUGUCGCUGUCAACCAAGCCAAUCCACCGUGCGUGGUGGAAAGAGAGUUCAGUGUACCAAAUAUGGCCCCGGUCUUAUAAGGAUUCCAACGAUGAUGGAAUCGGCGACAUACCAGGCAUCAUCUCCCAACUGGACUACAUCCACAAGCUUGGAGUCGAUAUAGUGUGGCUAUGUCCUUCUUACAAGUCUCCUCAGGUUGACAUGGGCUAUGACAUUGCCGAUUAUUACAGCAUUGCCGACGAGUACGGUACGGUCGCAGACGUCGAGGCAUUGAUCCGAGGCUGCCAUCAGCGGGGGAUGAAACUUCUUAUGGACUUGGUCGUCAAUCACACUAGUGAUCAGCAUGAGUGGUUCAAAAAAUCCCGUAGCUCGAAGGACAAUGAGUACCGCAAUUGGUAUAUCUGGAAGCCAGCCAAAUACGAUGAAGCGGGCAACCGGCAACCUCCGAAUAAUUGGGUAUCGCACUUCCAAGGAAGCGCUUGGCAAUACGACGAACUGACGGACGAGUACUAUCUCCAUCUCUUUGCGACCGAACAGCCGGAUCUGAACUGGGAACAUCCGCCAGUGCGUAAAGCAGUUCAUGAUAUCAUUCGAUUCUGGCUCGAAAAGGGCUGCGACGGAUACCGCAUGGAUGUGAUCAACUUCAUCAGCAAGGACCAGCGAUAUCCCGAUGGCCCUAUUCAGGACCCUCAUAGUCCGUGGCAGUCUGGAGACAAAUACUAUGCGAACGGGCCUCGCUUGCACGAGUAUUUGCAGGACAUUGGUGAAAUCCUGAAGGAGCAUGAUGCGUUUAGUGUGGGCGAAAUGCCUUUCGUCACCGACGAGCAAGAGGUACUUCGUGCUGUUCAAGCUGGUCGCAACGAGCUCAACAUGAUCUUCAGCUUUGAGCACGUCAAUGUCGACCACGGGAAAUACGGCAAAUUUGAUCCUGGCUCCUGGGAGCUCACGGAUCUGAAAAGCUUCUUUGAGCGAUGGCAACCAUUCAUGUAUGAAAAUGAUGGCUGGAACGCUCUCUACUGGGAGAAUCACGACCAGCCAAGAUCGAUUGAUCGCUAUACUGAAGCCAGCGAGGAGCAUGAGGGUGUUGCUGCAAAGAUGCUAGCCGUGGCACUGGCAUUGCAAUCGGGCACACCUUUCAUCUAUCAAGGACAAGAACUCGGCAUGCGCAAUGUCCCUAAAUCGUGGGGUAUCGAAAAGUACCAAGACAUUGAUUGUCUCAAUCAUUGGAAACUCCUGCUCAAGGAGAAACCAUCGGACACUGCGGCCCAAAAGAUCGCUUUGCAAGAAUAUCAGAAAAAGUCUCGCGAUAACGCUCGCACGCCAGUGCAGUGGUCUGAUGCACCUAAUGCCGGAUUCACUGCACCGACUAUCAAGCCCUGGAUGUCGGUCAAUGACAAUUACCCUCGCAUCAAUGCCGCUGUCGAGAUUGAUGAUUCGAACUCAGUUUAUACUUUCUGGGCCUCUGUGCUUCGUCUUCGCAAAGAGUACAAGGAUGUCUUUGUAUACGGCUCCUGGACCGUCGUUGACGCACCGAGUCAAGAUAUAUUCGCAUUUACUCGACAGUUUGAUGAUCAAAAGGUUCUUGUCUUGUGCAAUUGGACCGAGCGAAGCUUGACGUGGGACCCCCGAGACAAUGGGAUCACUGCCACCAAAGAUAUGUUGCUGAACAACUAUGAGGCGCCUGCCGAGGCUUUGAAGCGUUUCAGCGGUCACACGUUCAAUUUGCGGCCUUUCGAAGCUUCUGUGCUUUUGCUUGCAUAUAUCUUCACGAUGGAAGAGUCUCCUUUACCAGCACAUCUGGACCCAACUACCUACCCACGCAGCCAGCACGAUGCCACCCAAAAUAUCCACCUGACCUUGACCUACUCCCCGCUUGACCCUACCACCUACCUGGCGGAGACUUCCUCGGCCGCUGCCGGCGCAAACACCCUCUUCCUCGGCACCACAAGAGACACCUUUGAAGGUCGCUCUGUCUCACAAUUGAGCUACACGACGUAUCCACCACUUGCGUUGAAAACGCUCCAGACGAUCGCGGAGGCGGCCGUUCAUAAACACCGGCUCAAGGGGGUGAGCAUUGCGCAUCGCCUGGGAGUGGUGCCGAUCAAAGAGGCAUCAAUUGCGAUUGCUGUGAGUGCUGGACAUCGCGCGGCGGCGUGGAGGGCGGGUGAAGAGAUAUUGGAGGCAUGCAAGGAGAGGGCUGAGAUUUGGAAGAGGGAGGAGUUUGUGGAUGGUGGCAUGGAGUGGAGGGCGAAUGCGGAUCGUGAUGCGGAGGGGAAUGCAGUGAACAAGGCUACUUCUUGA